UGAAACGGUCUCAUAUUUGCAUCUCAUAUCAUUUUAAAUUGAAACCGCGGAGCUGAGUAUUUUGCAGCUGCAUCAAAAAUCAUCUCAUGGACGGACAGGAUUCACAGGACCCUAAGCAAAACCCUGCUGAUAUGACUGCCUUUGUGCAAAAUCUUCUUCAGCAAAUGCAAAAUAGGUUCCAGACAAUGUCCGACUCCAUUGUUACAAAGAUUGAUGAUAUGGGAAACCGUAUAAAUGAGUUGGAGCAAAGCAUCAAUGAUCUAAGAGCAGAGAUGGGAGUGGAGUCCUCUCCAUCACCUGUGCCCACUGCUAAGCCAACAGAGGACGAAACCAAGGAAGGGGGUUCAGCUUAAAUGACGUUCUGAUUUCAUUUGCUACAUUUUUCAUGUAUUGCAUUGUACAAGGAUUUUGGUUUUCUGCAUCUAUAUAUGUCUGCUGAAGUGGUUUGGAAAACAGAGUGCAUCUAAUCAUUUGUAGCUAAUCGUAUGUUUUUUUUUUUUUAUGAUUUAAGGGUAAACCAAUUUUUUAUGUUG